GGUUACCCGCACUGAUUGGGGAAGCUUCUCUCCGAGAGAGCGUUUCGAGUCUUCUUCGAGUUUUCAUUCACGUUCUUGAGUUGAGUAUCGUGUGAAUGGAGCGAAUACGCUGUGUUUUCUGAUAAAUGUCCCGAGCGUGAAAUCUCCGCAGCGAGGUCAAAAUGAAGCUCUACAGUCUGAGCGACAACCCCAACAAGCCAUGUUAUCUUUUGAAACACAAAAACUCUAUGAUCAUGUUGGAUUGUGCACUCGACUUGAGCUCGAUCAUGAGCUUCCUGCCCCUCACCAUGGUCACGAGUCCCCGUCUCAGCCAGCUCUCAACGUGGACGGCGCGAGAUGGUGCCAUGGAGGAUAGCGUCGACUUCAGAGAGAACAACGGCCGUGCUUUCAUCAACGCGGAGCCUGAGUUUCUGCUUCCGGAGCUAGGCAUGAUAAAUGUGGGAGACAUCGACGUCAUCCUGAUUUCGAACUACACGAACAUGCUGGCUCUGCCCUUCAUCACGGAAGACUCGAAUUUCCGCGGUGAAGUUUACAUGACGGAGCCUACUGCGUUGAUAGGGAGAUUAUACAUGGAGGAGCUCAUCGAAUACAUCGACAGAUGUCCCAAGCCGAAAGUAGCUCAGAAAAUUUACAAGGAGAUCGAGUUCUUCGGCCAGCUCGGGCCCUUCCACACCGAUGGCAGCAAAGUUUCACUUUGGCAGGAGAUCUACACACUCAAGAACGUUGCCAACUGUCUGACCAAAGUCAAAACCGUUGGUUUCAAUCAGAAGCUCUCGAUUUUCGGUAACCUACAAGUGUCUUGUGCAUCGGCCGGCUACUGCGUGGGAAGUUGCAAUUGGAUGAUUCAGUCCGACAUGGAGAAAAUUGGCUACAUGGCUUCGUCUUCGACUUUCACAACCCACCCCAAACCCAUCGAGCACCAGUUCCUCCGAGGCGUCGACGUUUUACUGAUAGCUUCUCUCAAUCAAACUCCCCUCGCGAAUCCGAACACUCUGCUCGGAGAACUCUGUCAGGCGGUCGAGAACACCCUUAAGAGCGGUGGAAACGUGCUCAUACCGUGCAGCUCGGCUGGUGUGGUCUACGAUCUCUUCGAAUGCCUUUCAGGCCACCUCGAGAGCAAAGGUAUCUUGAAUACGAUGUAUUUCGUAUCCCCGGUCGCUCAUAAAAGUUUGGCCUAUUCCGGAAUUUUGGCAGAAUGGCUGACGGCUGCCAAACAACAGAAGGUCUACAUACCCGAGGAGCCUUUUCCCCAUUCGCAUUUGAUGAAAUGCGGACGCUUGAAAGUCUACGAAAGCAUCGCCGACGAGGCUUUCAUGAACGAGUUCCAUGUCCCGAGUGUGGUUUUCGCCGGCCAUCCUUCAUUGCGAUUCGGAGAUUCAGUCCAUCUGAUGGAGCUCUGGCAGAACGAUCCCUCGAACGCGGUCAUUUUCACCGAACCCGAUUUCAAUUACGUCGAUGCUGUGGCCCCGUUCCAGCCCAUCUCGAUAAAGGUCCUCUACUACCCGAUAGACACUCUGCUCACGUUCUCCCAGGCGAAUAAACUCUUGCGCGAGAUGCGACCAAAUGUUCUGGUCACUCAUAACGUCUAUAAUGAAGCACCGGCUAACUGCACCAACCGGUCCGAGGUGGCGCUAGAGCCAGAGUUCCGAUUCCUCACGGUCAAGCGGCCGGAAGUAGUGCAGAUUCCCAUAAAACGAAGGAUUCAGAAAGUAGAAAUGGAUCCCAAACUCGCGGAUGAUGUCGUCCCCGUCGAGACAGAAUUCAAGAAAGGCGUCGCCGUCUCUUCUCUGACGGCCUCGUUGACUGUGAAAAACAAUCAAUGCACGCUCGGGAAACCCACGAACACAACAAAAAUCUCACAUCCGUACGGAGAACUAUCGGUUAAACAGUUCACAGCUAAGCUCGCCAAGCAGGGUUUCGUCGACAUCAAAACCGAAACGAUCGGUAACGCCACCACGAUCCACUUGCCGAGAGAAGGUGUUCUGAUUCGCUUGGAAGAUCAUUCCACUCACAUUUGCGACUCGGUCGACACGACAGUUCGCUCUCGGAUACAGAAAAUCGUUUUGGAAAGUCUUGGGAAGUUUUAGCUGGGUCGGGAGAUCAAUCGCGUUGUGAAUAUGGGUUUUUGUGAAUAUGAGGGGCGGAGAAAUGAAAAAAUAUAUAUAGAUGAGGU